AAGCGCGCCCGCGCAUAGUUGGCGCUGGGACCUAGUCACGCGAGGGUCUCGUUGCUGCUUUUUUCCUGCACGUUAUACAACAAGUCAGCAACGCUGGGCAACGAAGCCGCGCUAUCCCCUGCAGCCUAUAAGAUGCAGCGAGAGGUCGAGGUUGAGAGUCCCCCCGGGCUGGGCUUCCGCCUGGAGGCGCACCGCAUCGUCAGCAUCUCGCUGGGGAAGAUCUACCACUCCCGGGUACAGCGGGGCGGCAUUAAGCUCCAUAAGAACCUCAUGGUGUCCCUGGUACUGCGGAGCGCCCAGCAGGUCUACCUGAGCCAGACGGCCGAGGAGCUGCACGCAGAAUACCAGCUCUACCCCCCGCAGACGUACCGGGCGCCGGAGAGCUGCUCGUGCCCCGGGCCUGAGGAAGAAGAGGAGGGGGAAGAAUCGUCAUCGUGUGCCCGCACCGAGAGCCGCCUCCCCCGGGCCUGUCCGUGCCCCGAACCCCGAGUGUGCCGAGCGCCUCCCCGGGGGCUCCCCUGCUGCUCCUGUCACUCACACCCGGACUGUACGCUGGCGGAGCCCCGCAGAGACUGUCCGAGCCAAGAGGAGGCCGAUCCCCCGCAGAGCCCUCCGUGCUGCCGGAAGAGGAGCGGGGGAAGUGCGCCGGACGGACCGGCUAUGAAGCGAGCCAGGCGGGAACAGAGAGAGCAGGAAGUGCCGGAGCCGGCGGAGGAGGCCGAGGAGCAAAUGGAGACAGAGAAUGUGGCCAACCUCAUCAGUAUCUUCGGCUCCAGCUUCUCCGGACUUCUUACUAAGGAGCCGGGGACCGCGGGGGAGGAGCAGGAGGCCGCGCAGGAGGUACAGGAGCUGGACUCUCCAUCUGGACAGAGCUGUGCUACCGAGCCUGCCAUCAGCUCCAAUAUUACCCCAUGGAGCACGGCCAUAGAGGCCUUCUGAUGACUGCCUGGACUGACCUCCCUGCCUACAGACACUGGGGAGGGGGGCCACUGAGCACUGAUCACCAGGGGGGGUCCCAUCCCACCAAUGGGGGGAGAGAGCUGACCCGGAGCCAUGUCCUUGUCUUCUUCUAUGUUUGUGGCUUGGAGGCCUGUUAGUCUGUGUUAUGACAUUUCGGAUGUGUGGGGGGGGUUCCAGGAGUCACUAUCGGGAUUUGCCACCUUCCUGUGCCAGGGGUGGGCUAACCGUUUCUGUGUCAAGGGAAGGGUUUUAGGGUCACUCCACCUUAAACUCGUGACAUGUAAUGAGACCAGCCUUUUUUAUUUAUGGUGAGGUCUUGUAGGUCAGGCUUCCUUCCCAUAGCCUAGUGCUGGCACCACACUUCACAAGGUCUUGUAGAUAGGGCGCCCUCAUCUGGGGUGGUCACAGAAGUCCAGUUCUGGCCACACACUCAGGCUCUCCACAUGGGCUGGCCACACACUCAGAUCGGGCUCUCCACAUGGGCUGGCCACAUUUUGCUAGGUCUUGUAGAUCAGGCAUCCCAACCUGGCGUGGUCACAGGGGUCCAGUGCUAGCCACAUGCCUAGAUCAGCCUCUCCCCAGGAGUCUACAGCUGGCCACACUUACCUGGGGUGGUCACUGGGGCCUUAUGCUGGCCCCAUACUUAGGUUCUGUAGAACAGACACCCUUACGUGGGGUGAUCACACAAGUCCAGUGCUGGCCACACACUUAGAUCAGUAGUCUACAGCUAAGCUAGGUCUUGUAUUUCAGGCUCUUUCUAUUAACUGGGGUGGCCAUAGGAGCCCAAAGCUGGUUACAAAUUGGGUUGGUCCUUUAGAUUGUUCAGAAUUUAAGGUCCUGUAGAUUGGGCACUCUUAUCUGGGUGAUUGAGACCAGUGCUGACCAUACACUGGGCUUGAUCUUGUAGAUCAUGCUUUUCUUUGGGUGAUUUAGAAGUCCAAUGUUGGCCGUGUAGAUCAUACAUUCUUUGGGGUGGUUGAGGAGUCUCGGGAUUGCCACGCACUUGGUUAAUUAUGGUAGAUCAGGCUUUCUUUCCUAGGGUGGUUGAGGAGUCCAUGCUGAACACACACAUAUGGUGAGGUCUUGUAUUUCAGGCUUUCCCCUCUGGGGUGGACACAGUAGUCUGAUGCUGGCUGCACACUUGACAAUUUAAUUGAUCUUCCCAAAGAGAUCCACACCGACCACCGAAAGUGGCUGUUAAUAGAUUGCCUUGGUGUGCUGAUCAUUUUUGGUUGAAUGGAAAUGGUCAGAAUUGUGGGGUGUAUGGCCAGCAUUGCACUUGUGGUCUAAUAUUGGGGGGGGGGGGCAUACAAAUGUCACCUUCUCUUUUCCUCCUGACAUAAAAGAAGCUUGUCUCUUGAAAAUAGGAAUUUAAAGUGGAGCGAUCUUUCAAAGGUUUAUUUUUUCAUCUGAUAUUUAUAAGAAAAGCCGUGAACGCUCUCCUGGCAUUGGUUGUGUGUUAACAUCUAAAAAUGAAAAGGUUUAUUUUUCCGGGAGGGAGGUGGGUGGUUUGUCUUGCACCAGAAAUGUUUUUUCUAUGCUUAUAAGUAAUUCCUGAACACUUGGGAGCCAAGUCCCCCCCCCCCCCUUCCCCAGUUCACAUCUGUCCACGUAACUCCCCCUCCCCCGCCAAGAAUGUCUCACCAUCCCCCACUUCUAUCUUUUGGCCACCACGUGCACGGGGAGUUCCCCAUUUAGGGAGGGGGAAGGGAAGUUCCCAUCUGCUUUACACUGCCCCUCUCCCACUCAUUGUGUGCUGGCGCCCGCAAUGUUAGUUUACACAGCCACUCCUUCCUGUUACAUGUCCUGACUUGUGUAAAAUACCAAACAACUGACUAUGCGGGCACCAGCGCUUUUUUUUUUUUUUUCCCCCUCAGUAAAUCCCUCUUACUGCAGCCUUGGAUUGCUUUCCUGACGGCCUGCGGUUUCUACUAAUUCAUAAUCACUGUGGAUUUUAUUUUCAGUUAUCAGCUUCCUUAGGAGUCAGAAAUCUCAUUCUGGCCUCAAACCCUAAAGAUGUUUCUAAUUUUGGUUUUUGGUGCACAGACAAAAUUGCCGGUACUGGCUUCCCCCGAUAGCAGACACGAUUGCUGAACUGUUGAAGCAUGAAGAAGUGAAUACGUGUUUCUUUGUUAAUAUAGGGAGUCGAGAAGCCCUAUUAUAAUUGUAUAUGUAUUUGUUGAAAGCUCCGUCAGACUUGGUGCUUGUCAUCCAUUCAGCUCUGCCCACGUUAGCCGGAUCUCCCGCCUUUGUUUUAGAAGAUGGGAUUUCUGGCGAGAAGCGACUACCAUGGGAGUUUACAGUAUUUUUAAUGCACAAUGCUGUAUCCUGGAUUUCUGUAUAAAAUUACGUUUCUACGUGUUUGACACGUAUUAAAUAUUUUGAAAAGUU